UCGUAUAUCCAGUGGCUACGACUGUCAUAAAUAAAAACAAAAUGUAAAGAAAAUUUGUCAUUCUUGCUCUUGCAACAUCUUGAGUGGCUUCACUCAAGAUCUUGAAAUUUCUUAAUACAAGAUCUUGAGUGACAGAUUCAAGAAUCCAAGAUCUUGAAACAUCUUGGCUUACGCCACCCAAGAUCUUGAAAAUUCUUAACCCAAGAUCUUAAGUGGAAAAUUCAAGAAUCCAAGACCUUGACUUCUUGGUGUUUUUUCCAAAAUCUUGUGACAUUUCUUAACCCAAGAUCUUGGGUAGAAGAAGUUCCACUAGGGUGGAAUUAGAAAAUUUUUGACGUUUUUGGUUUUUCCUGGAGCAAACAGUAGUUUUCCAGAUAAACCAAUUUUGCCGAAAUGGCGGUGGUACUGUGAAGUGUAAAAUGCAUUUAUUUUGAAAAUAGUGCAUUCCAGAAAAAAACCAAAAACGUCAGAAAUUUUCUAAUUUCUAAAUUUGUUUUCUUUUUGUUUAUAAUUCAGAGAAAUCGUAAUAAUGACGAUACAUCAACUACUCGUGGCGUAUGUUUUGAUUAAUGUUGUUGCUUAUAUUUCCGGUUAUACUUCAACACGGUCACUAUCACGGUUGAGUAAAAGAAGAACAUCAAAUAAUAUGCUGAUGUUUGUGUCUCUGAUAAUUUAGAAUAUCAAUCUAUCGCAAAGCAAAUCGAACAAUGAAACAUUAUCAUGCCAAUAAAUUUAAUAAUAAUAUGAGAAAAGUAGUUAAUGAAAAAUUAUCGAAUCAUUUAGACUUAUAUUGGUAUGGCCGAAUAGAUGUUGGUACACCUACACAAUAUUUUACUGUUAUUUUUGAUACUGGUUCACCCACCUCAUAG